AUGACCCAAAGAAAAGCCCUAGCCAGCCAUCAACCCCGAAAACCCAUUUCAUGCGACUUCUGUAUCCGCCGCAAACUCCGCUGCAGUCGCGAUGCUCCCUGUGUGAACUGCAGCAGUCGAGGCCAUAAAUGCUCCUACAUCUCAUCCAGCGCUGCCUCCCCGGCUAGGGGAACGGUGCGGAGCGCUUCGACGUCAAGGACAACGACGACAGGGCCUAUGCCGGACCAGCAUGAGAUUCUGGCACGGUUACAGGACCUUGAGGAUCUGGUUCGGGGGCAGCAGCAGGCUGGUCGAGAUGAGGGUAAUAUGGGAGUGGUGAGUGGAAUGGCGAUGGCUGAUGGGGGAACUGUGGGGGCUGUGGUUUGUGCGGAUGUUGUGGAUGAGUUGGCGUCGCUUGAGCGAGUUGGUCUGCGAGGACGUGAUGUUAGCUCCCAAGCUGACCAACUAUGUUUCACAACGUGUCCGGCCAGGGCAAUCUUGAGCGCGACCAAGCAGUCAUGGCGUCGAAUUGACUUUCCUCCGGGCCAUGAAAUGCUCACUCUUCUCGACAAGUAUAUCAGAGACAUCACCUCCAUUCACCCGAUCGUUCAUGAACAGUCAUUGCGAAAGGUCUUCAACGAUCUCAUAUCGACGCUCGACAGUUUGCCGACUGGCAGUGUGACUGACCAGCAUGGAGUUGAUAUUGGGCAUGCCGCACUUGCCCUUGCCAUCAUGGCUAGUGCAACCUACUUCUGGUCAGACAGGGACGCAGAGUCCCAGUGCUGGCUACCGCUCUCUGUGGCUCGCAGACUAAGCCCCAUAUUCCUCCAGGCUGCUGAAGACAUAUUACACAAGGCCGAAAUUUCUGGUCAUAAGUCUCUCGAGACGGUCCAGGCUUACAUCAUUGUGUUUUUCCUCAAAGGUAACGUGGAGGGCAUCUCUUUGCGGUGUCGGAUUCUCUUCUCGAUAGCUGUGACAAUGGCCAGAGACAUGGGCUUGCAUCAAGUCGACACUGCGGCAAAAUCAGGUGUGGGACAGACGAUUCAAGAUGAGACAAGCAGGAGAGUGUGGUGGUAUCUUGCGGCCUCGGACUGGAUGCUUGCACGGUUCCCCGGACCAACAGAAGGCUCAUACUCUAUCCACACUAAACAAAUGGCAGUUCGCAAGCCCCUCAACAUCAACGACGACGACUUACACCAUGACACGCUACCUCUAGAACGACCCAUGUCUGAGCUUAUCACAAUGUCAUAUUUCCUGCACCGUCUCCGACUCACCGAGAUUCUGCGCGAUUGCUCCGACCGAAUCAGCACAACACAAGCAACCGCGAGCGACAUGGGAUACAGCGACGUCAUGUACUUUGACGCCGAAAUGAACAAGUUUCGCGACGAAAUGCCCCCCUUCUUCGACCUGACCCUCAAACAAGGCACAACAACCUUCACACACCCCGACACGACCAACAUCCCGUGCGCCGAAAACCAAAGAUACACUCUAAACUGCCUCUUCCACGCCCAGCUCUGCAGACUCCACGUCCGAUACUUUGCACGCGCGUACACGGAAGCCCGCUACGCCUAUUCACGCGAAGUCUGUCUGCGCGAGUCGCGUCUGGUCGUGCAGGCAGAGCUCCGGUUCGGCACCGACGACGACUCGCCCUUCGCCCUGUCCAGACUGCGCUUUCUGGGCAUGCUGUAUGGCGUUCAUAUGGCUAACGUCAUCUUCAUGCUGGACGCCUAUAUCUGCAAGUCGAGCGGACGGCCGUAUGUCUGGCCGGUGGAGGCUGCUGCGGCGCUUGCGAUACUUGAGAAGGCGAGGGGGCAUUCGUCUAUUGCGGAGGAUUUGUACGAUGGUAUGACGCGGACGAUGCGGAAGUAUGAGUUGUGGCCGCCGGGUGCGGCGACGGGUAUUUCUUCACCACCUCCAGCACCAGCACCACCACCACCAACAACAACGUCUCUUGUCCAAAGUAGGCCUGCCGAGAUGAUAGGAGAGGAGUGUGACGGGUCACACAUGCAAAGUCAGACAGACAUGUGCUCUCCUACACCGCAGUUCUUUGACUUCACAGACGACUUUGAAAUCGGGGAAUGGUCUGAUCUCUUCAAUGGUAUCGGCCUGGAAUUCCCAUUCAUCUGA